UUUUUAAAAAUUAAGUGAAGUGGUUAAGUUUUAAAUAAAUAUUUAACUGAUUAAUUAAAAGUGUUGUUGAAUUUAAAAAAAUAAAUAAUUAAACUUUAAAUUUUUUAAUUUAUUAAAAUCUUUUUUGAGCACAUAAAUAAAGAAACUUGGCGUUAAAAAAUGAAUGUAAUGAACAAUCCGUUUGGCCAAGCAGAAUAUUUAGAUCUUGCCGGUAAUAUGUUAGAAAGACAAGAUUGUCGAGAUUCAACGUUACCUGGUUUAUUAGAAGUAACCGGUAUAAGUCAGCAUGGAAUAGCUACUGCUAGUGGAUUAAAUGAUUAUGAUUAUCAAAAUUUGUCAAGCUUAACAUUGGGACAUAAGCAAUUGAGUCAAAUAAGUACAGUUAGUAAAGUUCCAAUCCCUUCAGAAGUUCUAGAGCAUUUUAAACAUAUCAAGUGUCAUUGUAUGAUGGGACUAUUUCCAGAAAUAGGAAGAGCAUGGUUGACUAUAGAUUCUGAAAUAUUUAUUUGGACUUAUGAGCAAGCCAGAGAUGUUGCUUAUUACGAUGGUCUAAAUCAUUUGAUUGUUAGUGUAGGAUUAAUAAAACCAAAACUUGGAGUUUUUAUAAAAGAUGUUAAAUAUUUACUUGUUUUAACAACCCCAACAGAUAUCGUUGUGUUAGGUGUUACUUUCGGAGACACCACGAAAACAAUCUCUUCACCAGCUAGAAAUGUUCAAAGUACUGCAAUUUAUGAAGAAAUGCAGUUGAUGAGCAAACCAAUAUUUUUGCUAAGCACUGAUAAUGUUGCAAUAGCUACAAUUAAAGGUAGUGAGUGUGGCCGUAUAUUUUUAGGAGGAAGAGAUGGAUGUCUUUACGAAAUCGAUUAUCAUGCUGAAUCCAGUUGGUUUGGAAAACGUUGUAAAAAAGUGAAUCAUUCACAAGGCAUAUUGUCAUACAUGGUUCCUAGUUUUUUAAAAGUUUUCUCGGAAAUCGAUGCGAUAAUUCAAAUUGUUAUUGAUAACAGUAGAAAAUUACUUUAUACUUUGACGGAAAAAGGAGCUGUUGAAGCUUGGAAUAUGGGAGAAAGUUGUAAUGAAAUGCAACGAAUCGCAAGAUUAACACAAAACGAAAUCGCACAUUGCGCUUGCAAUGUAAUAAAAACAGUUGAUAUUUCAAUAUUCAAACCCAUUAAAUUCUUGUGUCCCUUGACAAGCGAUGAUUGCCCCGGUUUGCAUUUACUGGCCAUAACCCAAUCGGGAGUUAGAUUAUUUUUCAGCACAAUAAAUUUCAAUAUAAAUUUGCAACAGCAACCGGGCCCAGCAUCUUCUGACAUCAACAAACCUAAUAACUUGUAUUUAAUGCAUGUAAGACUACCACCAGGUUUUACACCAAACACCACAUUAAAUAAACCAAAAAAUGUUCACUCAGCAUUUUAUAGUGAAGGAACAUUGCUGCUUAUUAGCACUCCUCAGCAGGAUCAAGAUAUCUUAUGGUCUAUUAGCUCUGCACCAUUUCUUAAUCGACCAUUUUUAGCCGAAUCAACUACAGUUUUAAACCUAGAUGGAAUUGUAUGGAGUCUAGCAGAAAUAAAAGAUAAAAGAAAAACUACAUUGAAUUCCAUGCAGAGAAAUGCCCAAAAACCCAAAAAAGUUGCUUUGUUAACGAAUCAAGGAGCACAUAUAGUGGCAUUACUUAAACCCGCUGAUAUAUUGCAACAAUUACUUGUAGCAUGUCACGGACCACAUCAUGAAGCAGUUAAAGCAUUUUUUCAAGCACAGUCAGAACGGGAAGCUUGUGCUACAAGUUUGGUUCUUGCUUGCUGUGAUGAAUUUCGUGGAACCGAUAUUGCUUUAUGGGCGGCGCAAGCUUUUAUGUUAUAUGGUGGUGAACCAAGCUACCAGAUCAAUCCUGCCAUGAAUCCAGCUAGAAAUCUAAUGGGAUAUAUGCAACCAAAUUCGACUACAAUAGAUAAUCGAAGUACGACGCCAAUGAUUAUGUCAACUCCAAUGCAAAAUCGUCAUAGUCCCAUGGGUAGUCCAUUUCAAAUGUUAUCACAAACACAAUACCCACCUAGUCCAAUUGUCACAAAUCAAGUAACAUUCUCACCUCAUCAAACGGGAAUGGACUUUUCUAACGUUGUUUUUUCUGCAAAACAUGAUGGCUUAUACUUAUAUGUUUCAAGGGUAUUGCGACCAAUAUGGAAGAAAAGAAGCAUUGACCAACAAUUGUGUAGUACAAUUUCUCAAUCAGAUUGUUCAAUUAUAUUGGAUGAUCUUUUGGCAAUUAACCGGUUUCUUAUUGAAAAUUCUGUGCAUGAAAUAUCAGGAGUGUUAAGAAAUUUCAAUCAAAAUUCCGUUGCCAAUAGUUUUGGACAGUUUAAUAUGCCAAACUCUAAUCCAAUUGAUCAAAGAAAUUCUGCAGAACAAGCCCAAAAUGAAGAGAAGAAAUCAUUAUUGGCUCUUAAUUAUUUCAUAAGACACGCUUGCGAAGUUUUGUCUUUGUGGAAAAUUUUAUGCGAACAUCAAUUCCAGGCAUUGGUUAGCCAAUUAACAAAAGAGCAACAAAUAUCAUUAUCCUCAUGUAGUUUCCGCGACUUAAUACUUACUCGAACUGAUAUGUGCGCUUUUCUAAUUGUAACAUUAAUCAAUUCUUAUUUAACUGACAAUGCAAGUGUUACAUCAAUAUCGAGUAAGUUGAGAGAGGUUUGCCCUAAUCUAUACCGGCAAGAAGAUGCAGUUUCGUUUAAAGCUACUGAAAUUUUAAUGACUUCAAAGAACUGCCCGCGAAUGGAAGAAAAAGACGAGCGAUUAAGGACAGCUCUUCAAUUAUGUAAAGAUGCUGCCCCCAAUUUACCACUAUCCAAUAUAUGUCAGCAGUUUAUCUUAGCUAAAUUUCAUGAGGGUGUUGUAGAAUUAUGCGCAACUUGUGCAGCAAAAAUUGAUCCAGAAGAAUUCGCUCUACAUUAUUAUAGGAAUAAUGAACCAGUAGAAGAUCGUGAAGGAUAUUCAGCAUAUGCAGCUCGUAUGAACUACUAUAAAGAAAUAAAACAGAUGCUGGAUAUUGUGUAUCAAAAUGCUUGUAACAAUAACGUUAACAACGAUUUACAGCAAACAAUUACAAAUAUUAAUUUCAACAAAGAUUCGACCAUGGAGAUAAUGAAAAUAGUUUCGCUAGCCACCCAAACAUCUGACCCAUUGCUUCAUGUUGUAGUUUAUGAAUGGUUACUUGCACAUGAUUUAAUUUCAGAACUAUUGGCAUUCGGUGAGCCAAGUCUAGGCGAGUUCCUUGGACGUUCUGUUAAACGAAAUCCAAAUAAUUUGAAGUUAACAGAUUUGUUAUGGAAAUAUUAUGAGAAAAAUGGACAACAUUCUGCCGCAGCAAGUAUAUUGGACAAUUUGGCUUCAAUGCAAACAAACUCAAUUCCUCUUAGCCAAAGAAUAGAAUAUUUAGCGAGAGCCGUUAUGUGUAUGAGAAAUGACAGUGUCGGAUGCUCAAUGCAUAAUGGAGUUCUAUUAAAAGAUCUGGAAGAUAAAUUAGAGAUUGCCCGAGUUCAAAAAGUUAUAUUAGAUGCAAUUGAUGGUUUGGAUAGUCAUGAAGCGAAAGAAGCUGCGGAUAAGUUAAAUUAUUGCUUAUAUGACAUGUCACAAUUAUAUUCAGAUUUUGCUGAGCCAUUUGAACUUUGGGAAUGUAAAUUAACAAUAUUAAAUUGCUCUCAUCAUAACGAGCCUCUUUUAAUAGAAUCGGUAUGGUCCAAUAUUUUAAAUAAAGCCGUUGAUGCACCAGAACUUUCAGCACGAGAAAAAGGAACUCGCUUAUUUUCAAAAGUUCAUUUAUUAGCAAAAGAAUUUGGAGAAUCAGGGCACUGUUUUCCAUUAGCAUUUAUAAUUAGAGAAUUAGAAAUCAAAUGUUGUCGGUUAAGACUAGACGAGGGCACAGUUCCCGAAGCUCUUAUUGCAAUGAAUUUAGACUUAGAAUUACUUAUUGAUUACUACGCAAGAAUGCUAUCAAUGAAUGAACGAGUUUGGGCUAAUGAAGGAAAUGAAACGCAUUUGUUAAAAUCUACCGCAAGAUUAGCGGCUUCUAUAGCGUCAAAUUCUAAUCAAAUCCCUAGCCGGAAUAGGAGAAGAGUUGCUGUUAAAGUACAAGAUCUAAUUUCGGCAUGUUUGAAUAUAUGCUAUCAAAAACCGGGAACUGAAAAUUUACAACAAAUUUUGAGAGAAACACAGAGUAGAUUACAAAGAGUUUUAUAAAAUUCAAAACUAUUUUCCUAACAGAAAUUUUUUAGAUUAUUUAAUAUUAAUAUCAAUUACUAGUAUAUAGUCUCCUUGGUUAGUUUUAAGGAGUAUUCGCCAUUAAAGUUUUUUUUUUUGAUUAUGAUGUCUUCAAUAUA